GUGGCCAUUUAUCAUUGUGUGAAGUUUGAUUGAAACCCCUCAAGGAAUGAAGCUGCAAGAGUGCUGACUUUGGCGUUACGUACAUAUGCUCAGGACGGAUGGAGAGAAAACAUAUAGCUAUAGUCCCCCGUUUUCACCAGCACAGUUUUCUCUUCAUUUGCACUUAUUGUAACUAAGCAGUGUUACGUGAGCAAGCUUCAGUUCAGCACAAUUACAAUGGACAACACUAAGAGAGUGAGUGAGGCCUAUAAAAAAACAGAAAGUCGAGAGGAAAAGACACAGUUCUACGACUCAUGGAGCAAAAUGUAUGAUCAGGAAAUGAACUCGUAUGGAUAUAAAGGACCCGCUAUGACGGCUAGUGCUGUGCGUGACUUGUACCCAGAUUCCCGGGAUGUUGUGCGUAUCCUUGACGUUGCAGCAGGCACAGGAUUUGUUGGCGAAGAGUUAAUCAAACAUGGAUUUGUCAAAGUAGAUGCUUUAGAUCCAUCGCAGGGAAUGUUGGAUGAAGCGCGCGAAAAAGGAGUCUACCAAGAGCUGAUAUGUGCGUACUUUGACGAAAAAGAUCACACUAUUCCACCUGAUACCUAUGAUGUCAUCGUCGUGUGCGGAGGUUGUACGAACGUGCAUCUGCCAUGUAGCUGUCUGCGAGAGGCCGUGCGUCUUCUUAAACCAGGGGGCUAUUUUGUGAUGGCCACACGCCCAUUCCACCUUAAUACGGUCGACGAAUACAAGGAGGGACGUUUCGAAAACUUGAUGGACGAGAUAGAAGAGGAGGGGAAAUGGAAAAAGAUCCGGAAAGAGAUUUUGCCUGGAUACCACGCAGAACAUGAAGGCAUUGUUUUUGUUUAUCAAAAAAAAUAAAACAUCAUUAGAGAUUAAAGAUAUAUUCGACAUUG